AUGGUUGCUUCGUUGCGUCAGCCUGCGGCGUCGGGCGCGGCGUUCACGGCAGUGCGCCCGCUCCGACGCAGCACACCGCGCUGCACCGCCUCGCCGAAGCCGCCGGCCCUCCAACGCGCCAGGGUGCGGGCGGGAGGCUCGAGUGAGGCUGCAGUACCUGCGCUGAAGGAGUGGAACGUCGCCGUGGAGGCCCUGAGCGACCCGGAAAUCGCACAGACGGUCCUCAUGCGCAAAGGAGGCAUCAGGGAGCCGAGCUUCGUGCCAGUUUCACGCCGGUUCGCGCUCGUACCAACCACCUUCCACACAGACGAUGGCCUCCUGCAGCCGAGGGCGCGCGGCAGGUACCCCGGCGCGGGUGACACGCCCGCGGACGGCGGGCGCCCAGAGAGCUUCCGUCUGCGCUGCAUCGCUGCGCUCACCGGCGCGUGGACCACCACCGACCCGCGCGUACUGUCUGCCACAAACAACUUCCACGUGUGGUCCGACGCGUUCCUCGACACGCGGCUCAAGUGGCGGCCCGGCAAGCCCAUCACGGUCCUCGAGCUCCGCGCGAUGCUCCUGGACCCCGAGAUCGUCGUGCCGGCACGCGAGGAGCACUUUGGAUGUUUCAGCUGGGUGGACUUCGCAGACACCGCGCCGUCGCUGGACGACCUGUUCGCGCUGGGGAAGCCCGUGCUGUCGGACGAGGCGUUCGCGGCGCGGCAAGCGGAGCUGCGAGAGGAGCUCGGGCGCCUCGAGGGCGUCACGGACGUGCUGGCAAGCGUCCCCGACACGUGCGACGGGGUCGCGGGGGCCGGGGCCGGGCCGUGA